AUGGGCGGCAAACAAGACGAUGGCGUCCAGGAGCACGUCUCCGGCCAGUCCAACAAGCCAAUGUCGGCUCCCGCUCACGCCUUGACCAUUGACCAGGUCGUCCAAGAGCUCAGGGCAAACGUCCAAAUCGGUCUAUCCGACGACGAGGCCCAGAAGCGCCUGCAAGACCACGGCCGCAAUGAGUUUGGCGAGCAAAAGGGCGUGCAGCCCGUCAAGAUCUUCAUCGGCCAAAUCGCCAACGCCCUCACUCUCGUCCUGAUCCUCGCCAUGGCCGCCUCUUUCGGCAUCCAGUCAUGGAUCGAGGGCGGUGUCAUCACCGCCGUCAUCGUGCUCAACAUUGUCGUUGGCUUUUUCCAAGAGCUCCAGGCCGCCAAGACCAUGGAUUCCCUGCGCUCUCUCAGCUCUCCCACCGCCCAGGCCGUCCGCAACGGCAACAGUGCCACCGUUGUCACGGCCGAGAUUGUGCCUGGCGACGUGGUCGAGCUCAAGACGGGCGACACCAUCCCGGCCGACAUCCGCCUCGUCGAGGCCGUCAACUUCGAGACCAACGAAGCUCUCCUCACCGGCGAAUCCCUCCCCGUCCGCAAGGAGACGGCACCCACGUUUGCCCCCGACACGGGCCCAGGUGACCGGCUCAACGUCGCCUACAGCUCCUCCACCGUCACAAAGGGCCGCGCCCGUGGCGUCGUCUUCGCCACCGGUCUCUACACCGAGAUUGGCCAGAUUGCGGCGGCCCUCCGCGGCAAAACGUCCCGUCGCCGCGAGCCCAAGCGUCGCGACGACGGCACCACGCCCUUGGGCCGCUGGCUGCAGGCCUGGACUCUGACCUUUUCCGAUGCCGUCGGCCGCUUCCUCGGCGUCAACGUCGGCACCCCCCUCCAGAAGAAGCUCUCCAAGCUGGCUCUGAUCCUGCUCGCCACUGCCAUCGUCUGCGCCAUCAUCGUCCUCGCAGCCAACAUGUUUGAUUCCAAGCAAGAGGUCAUCAUCUACGCCGUCGCCACCGGCCUGUCCAUGAUCCCCGCCUCCCUCGUCGUCGUUCUCACCAUCACAAUGGCCGCCGGCACCAAGCGCAUGGUCCAGCGCAACGUCAUUGUCCGCAACCUAAAGAGCCUCGAGGCGCUCGGUGCGGUUUCUAAUAUCUGCUCCGACAAGACCGGUACCCUGACCCAGGGGACCAUGAUUGUCAAGAAGGCAUGGAUCCCCGGCCGCGGCACCUACUCGGUCGGCACCACCAGCGAGCCCUUCAACCCUACCGAGGGCCCUCUGGGGCUCACGCCGGCUCAGCCCAAGGACAUCAAUUUCCGCGGCGCUGACGCCGACGGUGACACCAUCGACGGCCCAGAGCUCGUGGCCAGGGAUGCCACUCUCAGACAGUACCUCAACAUCGCCUCGCUCGCCAAUCUCGCGUCCGUCAAUCAGGUUGAUGGUGAGUGGCGCGGACGCGGUGAUCCGACCGAGAUUGCCAUCCAAGUCUUUGCCUCUCGCUUCAACUGGAACCGAGAGCGCCUCGCGUCGGGUGACGGCGCUCAGUGGCACCAGGUCGCCGAGUUUCCCUUUGACUCCGACGUGAAGAAGAUGUCCGUCAUUUUCGAGAACAAGGAGACGGAGAAGCAGUGGCUCUUCACCAAAGGGGCUGUUGAGAGGGUUCUCACCUCGUGCCCCCGGUACGCUGUCGGCGAUCACGUCGAGGCGCUGGACGAGCAUGUCAAGGCCGAUGUCCUCAGGAACAUGGAAGCCAUGGCCCGCCUCGGCCUCCGCGUGCUCGCGCUCGCCAGCCGGACUGACAUGCGUCAUGUCCGGGAGAACGAGGCCGAGCUCGAGCGCGGAGACUUUGAGCAAGACCUCGUCUUCCGGGGGCUCAUCGGACUCUACGACCCGCCGCGGCCCGAGUCUGGCCCCUCGGUCCGCAUGUGCCACGCAGCUGGCAUCAGUGUCCACAUGUUGACUGGUGACCACCCUGAGACUGCCCGUGCCAUUGCUCUCGAAGUCGGCAUCCUGCCGCCCAGAAUGAACGAGAUUGCCUCUGACGUAGCCAAGACCAUGGUCAUGGCCGCAUCUGACUUUGAUAAGCUUAGUGACCAGGAAAUCGACGGCCUUCCCCUUCUCCCCCUUGUCGUCGCUCGCUGCGCCCCCCAGACAAAGGUUCGCAUGAUUGAGGCUCUCCACCGCCGCAAGUGCUUCGUGGCCAUGACGGGCGACGGAGUCAACGACUCGCCCAGCCUGAAGCGGGCCGACGUGGGCAUUGCCAUGGGCCAGGCCGGCUCCGACGUUGCCAAGGAGGCUUCCGACAUUGUCCUGACCGACGACAACUUUGCCUCGAUCCUCAAUGCCGUCGAGGAGGGCCGCCGCAUGUUUGACAACAUUCAAAAGUUCAUCCUGCACGUCUUGGCCGAGAACAUUGCGCAGGCGUGCACCCUCUUGAUUGGUCUCGCCUUCAAGGAUAAGCGCGGCAUCUCCGUCUUCCCGCUGGCACCAGUUGAGAUUCUGUGGAUCAUCAUGGUCACCUCGGGAAUGCCAGACAUGGGCCUUGGCUUUGAAAUUGCCGCACCAGACAUUAUGCAGCGGCCUCCCCAAAACUUGAAACAAGGAGUCUUUACCCCCGAACUGCUCCUCGACAUGGUUGUCUACGGCCUGUGGAUGUCUGCUCUCUGCUUGUCGUCCUUUGUCCUUGUUCUCUACGGCUUUGGAAACGGCGCCGCGGACAUCGGAGACAACUGCAACAACGAAUACUCGGCCGGGUGCGAGGUUGUCUUCCGAGCGCGGGCCACGACGUUUGCCUGCCUCACCUGGUUCGCCCUCUUCCUCGCUUGGGAAAUGGUCAACAUGCGCCGGUCUCUGUUCCGCAUGCAGCCCAAGAGCAAGCGGUACUUUACGCAGUGGAUGACGGAUGUGUGGCGCAACCAGUUCUUGUUCUGGGCCGUCAUUGCGGGCUUCGUCACCAUGUUCCCCAUCAUCUACAUUCCGACGCUCAACACCGUCGUCUUCAAGCACGCCGGCAUCAGCUGGGAGUGGGGCAUCGUCUUUGUCGAGGCAUUCCUCUUCUUCCUCGGCAUCGAGGCCUGGAAAUGGGCCAAGCGAGUCUACUACCGUCACUGGGGCAAGACGCCGGGCCACUCGAAUGAAGACGUCGAGACUCGCGCCUUUGGUAGCUACCUGAAGAAAGGCGGCGUCGGCAUCGACGAGGACAGCGACUCGUCGGGUGGGGAGAAGAAGACUGGCGGCUCUGGCUUCGGCGAGCGUGACCAGGGAGCCCAAUGA